CGGUUUUCCGUGUAAACUUUUUGAUACAUUGAAUUUGUCAUAUAAUCAAAGUUUUUAUAAAGUUUUUAAUAUUUUAAACUUACAUUAUAAUGUACUAAAAUAUAUUAAUUGUCGAAAUAUAAUAAUAGUCAUAUUAUUUAAAUAGUUAAGUAAACAUGUGGCGGCAACAAAUUUUUAAGAUAAUAGUCCUUAUAUGUUUGUUUAUACAUACAUCGACUCAGUUAAAAAAACAGAAAACUUCUGCUAUUACCGAUAUAGAAGACAUUAAAGAGUUUAAAAAGUUGUUGAGAACUAAAACAAAUGUAAUGGUUCUGUAUAUCAAUAAUGUAAAAGCUACUCAGUCUGUUUUGGAUGUAUUCAAAGAAUCUGCUGGUAAUAUGAAGGGGCAAGCAACUUUGGUUGCUAUUGACUGCAGUAACAGUGAUGGUAAGAAGUUAUGUAAAAAGUUGAAAGUUCCAUCUGACAAGUCCUAUAUACUCAAACAUUACAAGGAUGGGGAAUUCCAUAAGGAUUAUGAUCGUGGCAUUUCUGUAAGUGCUAUGGUGAACUUCCUGAGAGAUCCAACUGGGGAUCUGCCAUGGGAGGAGGAUCCAAAUGCUACAGACAUCAUACAUCUUAUUGAUGCAGAGGCAUUAAACAAGUUCCUUAAGAAAGGCAUUGCUACAUACAAAAAGGCAAUGAUCAUGUUCUAUGCUCCGUGGUGUGGUUAUUGUAAAUCUUUGAAGCCUGAUUAUGUUGCUGCAGCAGCUGACUUAAAGGGAGAAGCAUUCCUAGCUGCGAUAGAUGUGUCUAAACCUGGUAACUCUAAGAUAAGACAAGUGUAUAACAUAACUGGUUUCCCGACUUUGUUGUUCUUUGAGAAAGGUCAAUAUCGAUUCCCUUAUAAUGGAGACAACAAACAUAAAGCAAUUGUAAACUUCAUGAGGGACCCGACGUCACAGAUGGUUAAAAAGGAACCAGUAGAUGAAAGUUGGUCUACUGAUUCAGAUGUUAUACAUUUAACAGAGAGCACAUUUGACAGUGUCCUAUCAAAAGCCGAACACGCCCUCGUGGUCUUCUACGCACCGUGGUGUGGUCAUUGUAAGAGAAUUAAACCUGAGUUCGAGAAAGCUGCCACUAAGAUUAAAAGAGAAAAAAUAAACGGUGUGCUUGCUGCUGUGGACGCCACCCAGGAAUCCAGUUUAGCUUCUCGCUUCGGGGUGAAAGGUUACCCCACAUUGAAAUACUUCAGUAAGGGGGAGUAUAAGUACGACGCCGGUCAUGCUCGCCAAGAGGAACAGAUUAUCGAAUUUAUUAAGUCGCCCCAGGAGCCGCCGCCGCCGCCGCCGCCCGAGGUCCCCUGGUCCGAGCAGGAGUCGUCCGUGCGCCACCUCGACACCGCGACCUUUAAGAACACGCUGCGGAAGAUCAAGCACGCGCUCGUCAUGUUCUACGCCCCAUGGUGCGGUCACUGCAAAAGCACAAAACCAGAGUUUGUGAAGGCCGCAGAUAAAUUCGCUGAUGAACUCAUAAUAGCGUUUGGUGCUGUUGACUGUACUGUACACAAAGAUGUGUGUGCCAACUAUGACGUCAAAGGUUAUCCCACCAUCAAGUACUUUAGUCAUUUCGACAAAGUAGUUCAGGAUUAUACCGGAGGAAGAAAGGAAGCAGAUUUCGUAUCAUUUAUCAACAAUCAGUUGGACAGACAACAGUUAUCACAGAAGGCUAAGAGCAAUCAGGAAGCUGGUUUUGGUACAAACGUGCAACUAGCUGAUGAUAGUGACUUCACUGACAUCAUUGCUAAUGAUAAACCCACGUUUGUCAUGUUCUAUGCUACUUGGUGUGGCCAUUGUUCGACCGUGAAGCCAGCUUUUAGUCGACUAGCCACGUCUUUAAAGGAAGGGAACGGCAGAGCCGUAGCCAUAGCUGUGGAUGCAGCCGAAAAUCCAAAGGUCGCUGACCUUGCUUCCAUACAAACACUACCAACAUUCAAAAUAUUCAAAGCCGGCCAAUAUCUAGCGACUUACGAAGGUGAUAGAUCAUUUGAAGACAUGAUGAAUUUCGUACAAUCUUAUAUCAAAAUGAAGGAUGAAUUGUGAUAACAUUUACCAGAUAUAUAUUUUAAUAUUUUCUAUAUAAUUUUAAAGUAUUUGUAUUGCUCCACGUUUAUCUUAUUUUGUUAUUUUUUUUUGUUGUAUCACAUUUAUCCCAAGGGUGCCAGGUAUUAUUUCUUUUAUAUAUCUGUCUAUCCUGGUUUCGAUAAUAUUCUAUGUUUACUAGCUCUGAAGGAGCCAACGUAUUACGUUUGUUUGAUUUUUCUACAGAUUUUUUUUAUAUAUAUAUAAAUAGUUAGUGUUAUUCAGAUGUUUAACACGAAAAAUUAAGACAAUAUAUUAUUACUAAAUAAAUAUAACAACAUUUCUUAUGCCAGCUUAUGCCUAGAAGUUCGUUUAAUAUAAUUAUUAUAAUAGUUACGAUACCAGAUAUAUUUACAUAUCAGAUGUAUUGGUUUUGCUAAACGUUUUAUUAAAUCGCUGCUAUUUUUUAUAGAUAAAACAAUUCAAUAAGGCUUCCAUUAAAUAGUUAUAAUGAUCGUUAUAUAAAUGGAUUUUAUAGCGAUGUUUAAAAAAUUAUCCGUAUCUUGUAAUUAAUAUGUAAUUGUAACAAUAAUAAGGGCCCUCACAGACUACAAUGUUUUAAAAAUGCUUAGUUUUGGACCCUUCAAUAAAAAAAAAAAUUGUAGCCUGUGAAUUCUUUCAGUGAUUUUCAAUAUUAACUUUUACUGCAUUUAUUAUAUAGUUAAUUUUUUAAUGUUUAUAUUAUAAUAAUCAAGACAUUUACACUGAGAUUACAGAUUAUAACAUAUCAGAACUAAGUUUAAAUUUCUGUUUACUCUUUAAUAUUUUUAUUCCGAUUUAAACGUGUACUUACUGUUACUAUAUCAUGUAUUAUUAUAAAAUAUAUUUUAUUUUUUUUUUACUUAUUAAAGCAUUCUCAUAUUAAA